UUUUCUUAUGAUUUUUAAAGUAUGACAAAGUUCGUUUUAACUGCUCUUCUGCUGUUUAGAAACUACUUCUGGCUUAUCUUCACUUCAAAAAAACAUUUAUAACCUAUAUUUUUGCAAUAUUAAAAAAUAAUUAUUCAAAUAUGGUUUAUAACUGUGAGAUGUAAAAUUGGCACAAUGAACAUACAAGAUCAAUAUUUUAUCGUAGUAGGAACUGUUCGAGGAGUUCUAGGAAGUACAAAUUGUAAGAAGGGACAAGCUAUAAAAUAUGAAUUGAAUACCGAUGAUAACGUCUCCGAGAUAACGGCUUUGCAUUGGGGUAGAACAGAAAAUGAAAUAAUAAUAGGCUAUAAAGAAGGAACAUUGAAACUAUAUAACUGUCAGCUUAACAAAUACACAAAAACUGUAGAUAUUUUGAAAGGAAAAGGAGCUGUAGUAGGUGUGGCACCCUUAGGUAGAGACAUUAUCGUAGGAAGAUACAAUGGUAUUAUAAAUAUUUGGUCAAAAACAGAUAAUCACAGUAUUCCUUUAAAUUUACAAGAAGGGAGCACUUUAGAAUGCAUGACACUAAAUGAAAGUAGAAUAAAUGUUGUUGGCACAGGAGGUAACAAAAAUGAUUUCAAAUUGUGGGAUAUUGAAACUAAACAGUGCAUUUUUAAAGCAAAAUCUUUAGCACAUGACAAUCUCAAUUUACCAAUCCCUACAUCUAUAAGAAGUAUCUGCUAUUUUCCUACAAAUGAAAAACUUUCAGCUUGUGCCACAAAAGAGGGAUAUGUGUUGUUAUAUGAUGAAAGAGCACAAAGACGACCUGUAUUGAAAUUUAUUGAACCUAAAGCAAGCUACACUGUUAUUGCAAAUACAUUCAAAGACAGACAAUGCCUUGUGGGAACUACAAAAGGCUAUUUACAGCUCAUUGAUUUAAAGUUGCCUACAAGAUGUCUGAAAACAUUCAAAUCAUUUACAGGGUCUGUUACUGACAUUGCUUAUGAUCCUGGUAAGUCUAUUGUAGCAACUACAAGUUUAGAUCGGUUUCUAAGGAUUCAUGAUUUAGAGACAAAGGAAUUGCUACACAAGGAGUAUUUAAAGCAAAGCCUUACAAAACUUAUACUAAGGCCCAAAAUCAAAGAAGAAGCUGAUGAAAAUAUUAAUACACUCAUAGUUAAUGAAAACAAUGAAGAAAAUGUAACAGAAAAUGUUGAAGAUGUGGAUGAAGAAUAUGAAGAUAUAUUUAGGAAUAUGGAAACAAUUACUGAGAAUGUUAAGCGGAAAAAUACUGAAAAAAUAAAAAAGAAGAAACUAAAAACGUCAUAAUUUAUGAUUAAAAAUAACCUUUUAAAUCAUUAAUUAUCUUAAAUAAACUUGUUUUAUAUGUUAUUAAGGUACAAUUAAUAAUAAAUGAAAAAUAUUAAUUUUA